AUGCAACACAUUAAACAAAACGCCGCGUUAGCAGCGAUAGCACGAUACAAUUCGCGACAAUUAUUAACUAAUAGCAUAGGAGCUAAAACUUCGGUAUUAAAUUCUGCUAAUGGUGGACUUUCAACGGCAAACCGAGGAGGCACGACCGUAGCCGGCAAACUACACUCUUCACGAUACGCGCAACAGCUCGGCUGGAAAAAGUCAAAUAUAUACCAAGACCUCGCCAACAAACGCUUUAAUUCAACCUUAGCAUAUGAUAAUAGUUCUGUUCUAAGCGAGGUUCCUCCGGUUGACAUGAUGCAUUUAGAGUAUGGCAUUGAUUGGCUUCAACGUAUAAGAAAAGGAGUAGAACAGAAUAAUUUACAGUCUAUACUUUACGCUUACAAACAAUUAAUAAAGACUGGCGAACCAAUUUCGCUACAAACAUACAAUUUAAUAUUAAAUGCAAAUCAAAAUCUGCGAACUGAAGGCACACCGAUAAACAGAGCUUGGGAAAUUUACAAUCAUAUGCUCGAGAAUAACGUCGAGCCAGACACACAGACUUAUUCGAUAAUGAUGAAUAUGUUGGUGAAACGAGGUUUAGAAGUACAAAAAACUUAUGAUUUUCUCGAGGCGAAAUUGAAACGAGAAGAUGGGCAAGAAUUGGAGACUUUGGAAAAUAUUCAAGAAUUAAAUGAGGAAAAGAAUUUCGAGGCCGCAAUUGAUAUUUUCAAAAUAUCAAUACUGAAACCAGAUAUUAAAUAUGAUGCGAAUCUAUGUACUACAUUAAUACGUGCCGUUGGUCCCUUUGGUAAGGCAGAAGACGCGUUGAUUGUGUAUGAAUACAUGAUUAGAGAGGGAAUGCCAUUAACAUCAUGGACAUUUAGCAGUGUAAUUAUAGCAUACGGACGGAUUGGUGACUUACAAAGUUCACGACAAUGCUUAAAACAGUAUGAAGCUAUGUAUUCUGAAUUACCAAUACAGGAUAAAAAUGAUGUUUAUCAUAGUCUUAUUAAUGCUUGCGUUCAAUGUGACGAUAUUCAAGGUGCGAUAGAAGUGAUUGAAAAAACGAUACCUGAAGCAGGUCUAGUGUCAGAUAUGAGAACUUAUGGAAUGUUUAUUCGUAACAUAUUAAAAAAGGGUAAUUUGGCAAUUGCCGAAGAAUGGCUUCAUAAAAUGGAAUCUGAAAUUGUAAGACCUAAACCCAAUCGUCAUAUUUAUGAGAUGUUCCUGAUAGAGUAUGCGAAUUCGGGGAAUUAUCCAGAAGCAACCCGUAUCUAUAAUAAAAUGCUGAUGCGAGGUAUUUAUCCACGUUAUACCGAAUCUUCUGCUUAUCUAAAGGCUGCAAUCAAACAUGAUCCCGAGAAUAUUCCGACCUUGUUAAAUACAAUGUACGAAAAUCAACAAAUACCCGAUUCUAUUUUGACUCAACACCUGGUCAAAUAUUAUUGUGAUUUGAGUAAAUGCGGAGACGCUAUUGCCAUUCUGGAAAGAUUCUUUAGAAUUACAAAAGAAGAGAGGAAGCUUCGUCUUCCGGCAAUAAUAAGAUUGAAGCCAACCAUUCUCUCCCUAUUCGAUCACCCUGGGCUUGAAUUCAGAGAUUGGGAAAAGCUGUUACAAAUAUGGACUUAUCAUGCAGACUUUCGUCCAGAAGUUGAUACAAGAUUGAUUGAAACUUACGAGAACAUGGUGGCCGAAAAGGGAAUCGAAAACCUUGAACUUUCACCAGGAACACUUCCUUUACUCUUUAGUCUAUAUCUGGCUUUAUACAAUCGCGAUAUCGUAACCUAUUCAAAUAUAGAAGAAUUUCAGAGAAGAAUUUAUGGAAUUCAUAAUCAUGGGAAAUAUUAUGGCCAAAAACCUUCCAAAGAUCUCGUCCAAAAUGUAUAUACUAGAUUUAAUGUGGUGGAUUCAGCACUCGCUGAAAAAUGGCGUAGAAAUGCGGCGGGCCAAGAUCGUAAACCAACUGAACUCGAAACCCACAAGUCUCUCGAUUUAUUAUCCAAUUGUAAUCACACCAAAAAAAUCGAUCCUGACGCUGUUGUUGCUCAAGCUAAACAAUUAGUGGCGGAUAAUAUUUUAAUCACACCCGAACCAAUGUCAAUAAUCGUUCAGAAUUUGGGUAAAGGAAAAUACAUAAAUCAGGCCAAAGAAGUAUACGAGAUCGCUUUAGAUAUAAGUAAAAAAUGGGAGAAAACGCUCGGAGAAAAAGCAGAACUUUGGGUACAUAAUAGUAUGUUAAUUGCUUAUGCUUCGGUCGGUAAAAUCGAUAAAGCUUUGGAAAUCUAUUAUAAAAUUUUGGAGAAAGGCAAAGCUCCUUCCUCGGAUGCGUAUGCAAGUCUCUUAGUCGCUGAAACUGAUGUUUACUUUGAUGAAGCACAAGUGGCCAUACAAAUGUAUGAUGAAAUAAAAAGAUAUGGGGUAAAAUGCAACGUGUACUUUUACAAUGUGUUAAUAAGUAAACUUGGGAAAGCUCGUAAAUACGAACUUGUAUGGGACAUUUACCAAGAAAUGAAACAACGAAAUAUUCAACCAAAUGCCAUCACGUAUGGUGCUCUGAUAACAGCUUGUAUACGUGUAAGUUCCGAGGAAAAAGCAGUGGCGUUAAUGAAAGAAUGGGAAGGCUCUCUAUAUUUCCAGCCUCGGAUUGGUCCAUACAACGCGAUGAUGCAAUUCUAUAUAUGGGAUAUGCUAAACCGUGAAAAAGCUCUGGAUUAUUUCAAUUCAAUUUUACAACAUAAUUUGAAACCUAGUGAUCAUACUUGGAAAUUACUUAUUGACGCCUAUGUCUUAGUCGAGCCAUACGACAUGGAGGCUGCCCACGGUGUAUUUGAUAAGAUGCGACUACGUGGUUCACAACCAAAUGCAACUCACUUCGCAUCGUUAAUAUAUGCGUAUGGGUGCAAACAGGGUGACGUAGAACGUGCAAUUGAAAUAUUCGAUUCAAUGAGUAAACAAGUUAUGCCGAAUGAGAUCGCGUAUCAGGCAUUAUUUGAGAGUUUAAUUGACGCCCAACGAAUCCAAGAAGCCGAAGACUAUUAUACACGAAUGAUCGAGAAAGAUAACGUGAAAACGACAUCGUACAUUGAAAAUUUGUUCAUUCGUGGAUAUGGACAAUUAGGCCAAUGGGAAAACGCGGAACAAGUCUUCGAGAAUAUGGUUGACGCGUCUUCCAAAGAAAAAGGACAAGUAUUACGUGAACCGAGUACUUAUGAAGAAAUGGUGAAGGCAUAUGUAAAGAGUGGUCAGGUGGAAAAAGCGAGAACUGUCGCUGCUUCAAUGGAGGCUAAAGAUUUUCCGCCAAUUGUAAAACGGAGUGUAGCUGAUUUACUUCGAUAG